CAUCCAGAAGUAAGAGCAUUAUUCUAAGUUUUGCAAUAUGCCACAGAUGGAAGAAAUUUAGCUAUUUUAACCACAUUUUUUAUAUGAGCAUCCUGCAGAGACAAGGCGCAUUUAAACUUGAUAAAACUUUCUUAACAUUAUGUGAUUGCGCAGUCACAUGAUAAAUGAGCUGUUCAGUUUCGUUUUUCUCGAAGCGUCAAACUUUCGAUUCGCUGUUCGGGCGUCUCGGCGAAGUGGAAGAACAGUGGGGACACAAAUUUCACGCUCAAUGGAUUUCGGAAUCUCUCGAAUGGAUCUGCAGACGGAGAAGCGGCUGGUCAAGUUGUUUUCCAGCCGUGUGAAUUUAUGUCUGCUGUACCAGGGAAGUCGCCACGGAUUCAGCAUUUGUACUAUUCAAGAGAAAACGCAGAAACAGGGAAACCUAAUUUUUCUGGCUUAUUUAGAAUCAGGGGCAAUCAUGGGAGGAUAUUUAGGCGGAAAAUUUCCAAGUUUACAUUACUCAGAAUGUGUUCAAGAUAAAAAGGCGUUUGUUUUUUUAGUGAGUCAGAACACCGCGAUCCAUUUCCCGGUGGUGGAUGCCUGUCAAGCUUUCCAUAUCAAAUCAAAUGAAACAAAAAUGAUAUCCUUCGGAGAAUGCCUGAACAUGGAAAUGAAGAAUGAUAGCUGUUUCGUAAAAGUUGGAAAUGACGCGGUUUAUAACACCAGCUGGCCUGAGAUUACCGAGUCUUGUGUGGAUGUGGAGGUACAUCGCGUACAGGACGCUGGAGAUCUGAUGCUUCUACCAUGGAGGGAAAUGUCAUGGACAGAGAUUUACAGGGAAAAUUUGAAAAAGGAUCUGGUCUCGUACAAACCUGACAUUGUGGGGCUGAGCCAGGUGCGGGCUCUGCUACUGGGACCAGUGGGAGCUGGAAAAUCCAGUUUCAUCAACUCCAUUAAGUCAGUGCUAUGCAGACACGUGGUCAACUUGCCCAUCACUGGCAGUGGAUCUGAUGGUUUCACUAGUAAGCUGAAGUCCUACCCAAUCCGGGCAGAGAAAGGAGGUCAGCCAAUAGCGCUGACUCUGUGUGACUUAAAGGGCCUGGGGGACACUGAGGAGACCGGACUGAGCCUGCAUGAUGCCCUGGCCGUUAUCAAAGGACACGCACCAGAAGGAUAUAAGUUUCAGAGCAAAGCACCCCUUCAGCCCAACUCCCCAGGCUACCGUGUGGACCCGGCCCUGCAAGACAAGAUCCACUGUGUCCUGUUUGUUCUGGAUGCAUGCAGACUCCACUCUUACAGCAAGGAAUUGAAAGACACACUGAAGAAACUUCACUGGGAGUCCUCGGAUUUGGGCAUUCCACAGCUGGUCCUGCUCACACACGUGGAGCUGGCCGGCCCCUCAGAUAUGCACAACAUCUACGCCAGCCACAAUCUGCGGGAGAAGAUGGAAGAGGCAGCGGAGAUGGUCGGGGUCCCGCUGUUUUCUGUGCUGCCGGUUAAGAACUACGCCAGCGAGCUCAACGUGGACUACGACACCGACAUCCUCCUGCUGAGUGCAGCAUGCCAGAUUCUGCAUUCUGUCGACUAUGCCUUUGAGGACUAAUACGCCCCCUCCCCCUACUGUCUCUCUAAGAAUUCUGACCUUUCUGACUGCAUUUAACCCAAAGGAAAAUGAGCACAGGGGUGUUGGCAAUACAUACAGUACCAGUACAAAGGUG